AUGACAGAAAACGCCAGCCAAGACACCAUCCCUGAGCGCGCUGCAUCCAUGAGAGGAAUCAUCUUCGGCCUUUCAUGCAUCGCAGACAUGGUCAAAUGGCACCGUAAAAUUGAUGACGGGCUGCUCAGAGAAUCUCACUUCUGGACCGCCUUUGAUAAUCUUGGACGAGUUGCUACCAAAUCAACUCCCAUUCCGGAGGUGCAGGACCGAUGGGAGGAGAGCGGAUAUGGAGAGAAGCCCUGCAGCGGAUUCUACAGAAAUUAUGAUAUACCGGCCAUCUUCGUUUGUGGCCAGGAAGCGGCUACCAGGUUAAAAGCCGGGACUAUUGGGGGCUUCGAAGACGGGAAUGAAGCAGCUCCGAAGUUAGCUGACUCCAAAGUCCGAUUUCUAAACAAACGGAUUGAAGAUUUGGCGACAGAGAAGUGGAGCCUGGAGCAGCAAAUGGAGUGGUUGAAAGAGAAGAAUCGGAGGCUUCGCAGCAUGUUGGAGAGCUACGAACUGGGUAACGAGUAG